UAUUGGAGAGCACGCAGGCCUGCAUUUCAGUACAGAAAAAGUGCGACAGAGGUGUUCCACGGAGGAGAGGUGUUAAAAUGGGUCGUAUCAUGUAGGAUUCUCGAAGAACGCUAUGAAACCGGAAAGUAUGAAUCGUUACACUGAUAUAAGGAAUAGGAUAGGUUCAGAAUCCGAUAAUUCCAACGACUCAAAAUUGAGAAUAGAGACCGAAGGAACUUCGAAUGACGAAGUUGUCUGCAAGCCCAAUGAAAAGUCAUUUACUUCUGGAAACCCUAGACUCAGGGCCAUUCUGAAAAACGGGGAAUGCAACAUCCACCCUUUGAAGAUAUCGAAAAAACUCUUCCUACGUGACAUAUUCCUAACUUUAGUCGACAUGAAAUGGAGAUGGACCAUAACCAUAUUCUCCUUGGGCUUUUUCGGGUCUUGGGCCGUGUUUGCUAUUGGUUGGUGGCUGAUAGCUCUCAUGCAUGGAGAUUUGGAGGAAAAUCACCUGCCAAUGAACCAGGCUGCUUCGAAUUGGACACCGUGUGUGACAGAUAUCUACGAUUUCACGUCUUGUUUCCUUUUUUCCGUUGAAACACAACAUACCACAGGUUAUGGAGAAAAGAGGCCCACGGAAAAAUGUCCCGACGCCGUACUCCUGAUGUGCCUGCAGAACAUAGUAGGUUUGAUAAUCGAAGCCUUCUUGGUAGGAAUAGUCUUCGCCAAGAUGACUAGACCCAAGCUGAGGACGAGGACCAUCCUCUUCUCCAAACACGCCCUGAUAUCCAUGAGGGACAACGUGCUCUGUCUUGUCAUUCGCAUCGCUGAUGUCAGGCAGAAGAGCAGGUUGAUCUCCCCCCGCGUCAAGGCGCAGCUGAUAAGGGAGAGGAGAACCGGGGAGGGGGAGUACUUCUCCAACUAUUCGACGAAGCUGAAGGUCAGCGUUGACGACUGCGGAGGAGAUUUGUUCUUCAUCUGGCCAGUGUCGCUAGUUCACAAGAUAGACAGAAAUUCUCCGUUGUAUAAUAUGUCCUCCAGCGAUCUGAUGAGGGAGAAAUUCGAAAUAGUGGUAACGCUGGAGGCAACCAUCGAGAGUACCGACCAGAAAACCCAGGCCAGGUCCAGUUACCUCCCGAGGGAGAUUAUGUGGGGGAGGAGAUUCGAGUCUGUGGUGAUUCCAGAUGAAGCAAGGUCGGGGUAUAAAAUCGAUUUUUCGAAAUUCGACAGCACUGUUGGAAUGGAUAUGCCGACAUGUUCUGCGGCCCGUUUGGAACGAAGCAAUAUUUUCGAGGGGGUUUGAAAAAUCGCAUAUCUUGGCAUACAUUACGUGCAACUGUAUUAUUCCUAGGUAGACACAAUAAUUUUGUUACAUUUAGGUUAGAAGUGUUUUCAUAUUUAUCAUUAAUUGAUUUUGUAAUCACUGACAGAGUGCCAGAAAAAAUACUGACAAAAAUGAUGUGUUGAAAAUUCCAAAAUUCCUGGGCUAGACAUUCUAAGAAACUCACAAUUUGAUUGGAUAGAUCAAAAUCCUGGUCCUGGUCGAAUGGACCCUUAAGUACUAAAAGUUUCGUCUGCUUCUGCGGCAAACAUCAUCAGUGGUAUAUUUUGUUCUAACCUCAAAGUUCGAUUUUAUAUCUGCAUUGGCAAGGAAAACAUAGAAAAAUGUUGUCCUGUGUCUGUCUGAAUUCCAAAAAGCAAAUGUGGGAAUUGUUAUAAAUAAACUUAUAGAUAAACCACUAUCAUCAGUGAUUUUUACUGUGUAAUAUAGAAUUAUUGGCAACUACUGGCCUACCGGAUCACCUGAUUUAAUUCAAACUGACUUUUCUGGCAGAAUACUGAAAUGUCGAAUGCAAAAUUGAAAAAUGUAUGUCGAAAGAAUUGAUAAGAGAUAAUAAAUA